AUGGCGGCUUCGUGCAUGAAAAUAGCCGUCUCGGAUUUUUACGAGUCGCGUUCGGACUAUAGGACGAGGCUCAAGCUGCACGUUAAGACUGUGGAUAGUGUGGUUGAUGCUAAUUUUGCAGCUGUGGAGCUACUGAAGAAGGAACAAGUAGACGGGAUUAUAGGGCCACAAGAAUCAACACAAGAAACAUUCUUUGCAGAGCUCGCCCAAAAAAUCCGUGUCCCCACAAUAUCCUUCACCUCCACUUUACCCAACAACAAUUACUUUUUCCGAGUUCUUGGGGUGCGGCCCCACAUCCCGCGCUCGGAGGCCCUCCAAAACUUCCGAGAGAGGUGGAGACGACGGGACGUGAUUGUGGGCCCCACCGCGGAGGAAUUCAACGUGUACGGUCUUUGGGCAUACGAUGCCGUGACUGCGCUCGCUAUGGCGGCCGAGAGGGCCGUUUUGGUAAAUUCUUCGUUCUCGAAUUCCGGUUUUGGCUCGCGAAUUCUUGACCAGCUGGCAAGCGUAGAAUUCCAAGGGUUGAGCGGAGAGUUUAGAUUAGUAGACGGGAAGCUGAGGCCUUCGCCGGUGGAGAUAUUUAACGUGAUCGGGACCGGGGAGAAAACAGUCGGGUAUUGGACGCAAAACGGAGGAUUAGUACGGGAGUUGAUGAGCCCGUUGCGCGAGAAAACUAAUGCUUACUCGACAUCAGCAAAGGAACUAAAAAGCAUCAUGUGGCCUGGAGAUUCGGUCACGCGUCCCAAGGGUUGGGCUAUCCCGAAGCUCAGGGUUGGAGUUCCUUGCAAGCUUGGAUUCACGGAAUUCGUCAAUGUGGCCGUUGACCGGAAAAUGAAUCGUACGAAUGCGACUGGAUUUUCGGUCGACAUUUUCCUGGCCACGCUGGAUCUGCUCCCGUUUCGGGUCGAUUAUGAGUUUUCUUACUAUAACGACACGGAGCACGUCAAUUGGAGUUAUGACGACAUGCUGCACAAGAUACCUCAGGAAUUUGAUAUGGUAGUUGGGGAUACAACGAUUUGGGCUCCGAGAGCGAUAAAUGUUGAUUUUUCGCUCCCGUAUUCUGAAUCAGGAGUCACCCUAGUCGUUAAAAAUCGAAAGCCGUUUGACAUGUGGAUCUUCGUAAGGCCCCUGAGGUGGGACCUUUGGCUAGCAAUCAUUUCAGCUUGUAUUUUAAUGGGAAUUGUACUCCGCAUAUUGGAACACCGUGUGGCUAGGGACAACUCGGAUUCAUUAAGAACACACAAGAAUCGACUCGGGAUGAUCCAUUUGUCUCCGGUGGCAGUUCUUGCUUUUCCUGAAAGGAAUAUGGUUUCGAAUAACUGGUCCUUUCUCGUGUUGGUAUUCUGGCUUUUCACGGCGUUCAUAUUGAUGCAGAGCUACACUGCCAACUUGUCUGCUAUUUUAACAGUCGACCAAUUGAAGUUUGCAUUUUCGGACAAUUAUUACGUUGGUUAUCAGGAAGGUUCUUUCAUGAAGCGAUUUUUGACUCAGCAACUGCAUAUUAGCGAGUCGAGGCUCAGGAGUUACGGGUCGGCCGAGGAAUACCAUAAAGCUAUGUCCUUGGGAAGCAAAAAGGGGGGCAUAGAUGCCGUAUUUGACGAGAUUCCCUACAUGAAGAUUUUGAUCAACAAAUACGAUUCUCUGUACAAGAUGGUCGGGCCAACCUACGUAACCGGUGGAUUCGGCUUUGCCUUUCCUCUGGGCUCUCCUUUAGCAGCACAUUUUUCGAAAGCAAUCCUCGAUGUCACUCAAGGGCCCAACAUGACUGCCAUUGAACAGAAAAAUUUCGGGCCCGGUUACUCUUCACAGGAUCCGCUUUCAUCGACUAUCUCACAAGAAACGUCCAGCCUGUCACUCUAUGAUUUUGCGGGACUCUUCAUAAUCGUGGGAUCCGUAACUCUACUUGCUCUGUUUUGCUCCGAGACAGCAAUAGGAAGGAAAUUGACGCGACAAACAGAGCGUUUUAUCCACCGCUGCUUCUUCUUCAAGGCUCCGAGAGUUAACUCGAUGGAGGAUUCGAGUGUAGAUGGGAAUUCAGCACAUGGUGUUGUUGAUGGCAGUGAACGAGCUCCGGAUAAUGUUGAUACACCAUUUUACGAGGAAGGCUUAGAUACACGUGUUAGUGAGGAGAUUCAAGAAACUGGGUCGACUGGCGAAACUCUUGAAGCUCGGGAUUUAGUGACAAGAGUCGAGAGUAAUGGGGAGAGGACAAUGUAA